AUGUAUCACAAAAUCCAGCUGCCCAGACCAGCCCAGAGCCUGCGCAAGACAAUACAGCGUGGUACCGAGCACGCCCUUUUCGGGGGAUUGGCUCAGGCGCAGGGCGAUGGCGAUCCUCGGCGCGGCAAGUUUGACGCCGGAUUACCUGCAAGGAGACCUAGGAGGACUCUGAAGCGAGUCUCUCCCACGCACUCCAAGGGCGUAUUCGGGCGAAAUAUCUCGGCCUGCGCUGCCAUAGCUGCCGCCGUCAUCGCCCGUGACACCUUGCCCACAUACACGGCCGGAGAGACAUGGGAUGUCCGGCCAUGGCGCCAUCCGUCAUGUGCAACAGCCCUCCCAUCGAUACCACGGCCCGCGCCCGGCCGUCGCGCUGCUUCAGCUCCUUAG